AUGGACGCUGGUGAUGACUUUUCCGACGACGAUCUUUUCGACCAAGUCACGGAGAAUGAUAUACUCCAAUUGACUGGCGAAAAGCGUGCCAGGGGUAAUGGUGAUGGAGCCUCGGAAAAUCCCAUCAAGAAGCUCCGUCCAGCCUCCAAUACGGCAGUGCAGCCCCCGCUCUUUGACGAAUCCAAAGCUCAGCUUGCACAGAAGCUGCUUGUGGAGAAAUUUCAGUACAAGGAUUUUCGCCACGAACAAAAGUCGGCUAUCAAUCGAAUCCUGUCUGGAAAGAACACGCUGGUUAUCUUCCCCACCGGGGCAGGCAAGUCUCUGUGCUAUCAGAUACCGGCCAUUGCCUUUGAGGAGAUUGACCGCAAAAAUGAGCAGAGAGCCUCGGGCCAGUCGGGGAUCACUAUCGUCGUGUCGCCAUUGAUCGCCUUGAUGAAAGACCAAGUCGAUGUGCUUAAGAAAAAGGGCAUUGCUGCAGAGUUACUGGUAUCUAGCAACGAUUGGUCAGAAACAAAACAGAUCUAUGAAUCCAUUCGCCAAGGGACGCUUCGAAUAUUAUAUUGUGCCCCUGAGAGGCUUAACAAUGAAGGUUUUGUCGAGAGUAUGACUCGAGUUAAGGGAGGUGUUCGUCUCGUUGCCGUGGAUGAGGCUCACUGCAUCUCCGAGUGGGGACAUUCGUUCCGCCCGGACUAUUUGAAAGUUGCCCGAUUUGUGCAAGAGAUCAAUGCAGAACGCGUGAUCUGUUUGACAGCUACAGCCACACCCAAGGUUGCUGAUGAUGUUUGCAAAGCGUUCGAUAUCUCUGCAGAUGGCGUAUUUCGGACCUCUCCUUACCGCCCGAAUCUGCGCCUUGAGGCUACUCCACUUGCAUCAGGAGCUGAAAAAAAGAAGCUUCUAUUUGAAUUUUUGGAAACCCACCCCGGUUCUUCUCUCGUUUAUGUCACACAGCAAAAGCAAGCUGAGGACCUGGCACGAGUUCUGCAACAGAAGAACCUAAGUGCCGACUACUUCCAUGCGGGGAGAAAAUCAGACGAGAAGAAGCUCGUCCAAGAUAAGUUCAUGGCUUCCAAAGUUCGGAUAGUGAGUUCGCUGUACCUCGACUUCUACUUUACCUGUACUCACGCACUCAAGAUCGUCGCUACCAUUGCUUUCGGGAUGGGGAUUGAUAAAUCGGACCUACGAAAUGUAAUUCAUUGGGACUUACCCAACACCGUUGAAGAAUACUGCCAACAAGUUGGCCGUGCCGGUCGAGACGGUAAACAGAGUCACUGUAUGCUCUAUCUCUGUCCGAAUGACUGUAAAAUUAAGGAAAGCUUCAUCCGGGGCGAUAUGCCGUCUAGGCAAUCCGUCCAUUCUCUCCUCGGGGAGAUUUUUAACGAUAAACGCGAGGCUGUGCCGGGAGACACGUUCAAGGUCAGCCACGCUUCGCAAAGUUCCGAAUUUGAUAUUCGCCAGAGCACUCUAGGAAACAUCUACGCCACCCUCGAGCUGAGGUUCAAUUUGAUUCGCGCUAUUACUCCCGAAUACAACACAUACAAGUUUGAAGAAACUCCGAACUAUGUGUCGACUCUCAGAGCAAACAAGUCGGCAGAGGCGAAGGCAGUUUUACAGUUUGCGAAGAAGGCCAAGAAGUAUUACGGCAUUGAUCUUGCAGCAGCGACCCUUGCCACUGGUGCUUCACGCAAUAACAUCGUGCGACUUUUGAAUGACCUUAAUAAUUCCGGGGUUAUUCAACUUACUGUCGGUGGUGUUGAACAAAAGUACAAGGUUUUGAGCCGUCUUCCUCACACUGCGACUGAGAUCAACGACUUGGUUGGAAAAGUCUAUCAGGAUCUCGAAAAGCGUGAGAAGCAAGCUCUUGAUCGGGUCCAGGGUGUUCUCGACUUUCUUGCCAGUCCAACAUGUUUUGCAAGUUUCAUCGCUGAACACUUUGGCAUGGGCCUGCCAGACGGAAAGAAGAGUUGCGGACACUGUACACCUUGUUUCACUGGUACAUCAAUGCAUCUGCCGACUCCGAAACCAAAGACAGUGGAUCAGGCGCAACUUCGCGCUGUAUUGGCAGCCACAAAGAUACGCGACGAUCCCCUGUUCCUUGCGAGAGUGGCCUUUGGAAUAACCAGCCCGCGGGCAACCAAAUCGAAGUUGAGCAAGCAUCCCAUUUUUGGUUCGAUGGCGGAUGAUGAUUUCGAGGCAUGUUACCAUAUGAUUUUGAAGGAAUUUGAAAAGGCUUGCAAAUGA